AUGGCCAACUACCUCGCGUCCAUCUUCGGCACAGAACAAGACAAGGUCAACUGCAGUUUCUACUACAAAAUCGGCGCAUGCCGCCACGGCGACCGCUGCUCGCGCAAACACGUCAAACCAUCCUACUCGCAGACCAUUCUCCUGCCCAACCUCUACCAGAACCCUGCCUACGACAACAAGUCGCGCAUGAACCCACAACAACUGCAGAACCACUUCGAUGCCUUCUACGAGGACUUUUGGUGCGAGAUGUGCAAAUACGGCGAGAUCGAGGAGGUCGUGGUGUGCGACAACAACAACGAUCAUUUGAUCGGAAAUGUGUAUGCGAGAUUCAAAUACGAGGACUCGGCGCAGAAGGCUUGCGAUGCGUUGAAUUCGAGAUGGUAUGCUGCCAGACCAAUCUACUGCGAGCUUUCUCCCGUUACGGACUUUAGAGAGGCGUGUUGCAGAUUGAACUCGGGAGAGGGAUGCGUGCGAGGAGGAUUCUGCAACUUCAUUCAUCGCAAGGAGCCCGGGCCGGAAUUGGAGAGGGAGCUGGAGUUGGCUACGAAGAAGUGGCUGAGGGAGAGAGGAAGAGAUGAGAGAAGUGUGACGAGGAGUGCUAGCCCCGAGCCGUUGAAGCCGAGAUACUAA